AUUAAGGCAGAGAUUAUCUUAAAAACACAUAUUUGAUAGUCUCUGGCCAACAUUCAAAGAAAGCAAUAUAAAGUGCGAUGCAGACGCAAAAAAAUUUGGAUCAUGCGGCUGAAGUGCUAUUGUGGAACAAACAAUUAAUGUCGAUGCUGGGUCUUUGGCCUUUUCGGAACAAUGAUUUUAUAUUCUUCAUUAACUUUGGCUAUUUUAGUUUUCUUAUGAUUCUAGAAUAUCUGGAUUUAUUUCUUUUUAUUGAUGAUCUUGAACACGUAAUCAUGAACUUAACAGAGAACAUGGCAUUUUCACAGAUAUUUGUACGAAUGAGUAUGUUACGAUUAUAUAAUUGUCAAAUAGGUGAAGUCAUAGCAGAAACUAUGAAGGAUUUCGAUAAGCUGAGUUAUAAAACCUCUGAAGAAAUUAAGGCAUUCAUUACAUAUAAUGCUAAGUCAAAGAUCUUCGUUAAACUGUUGAUUGUGUUUGUCGCAUUGACAGCUUCGUCAUAUUAUUUAACUCCGAUUAUAAUUAUACUUGGAAAUGCUGUCAUCAGGGUUAAACUGGAAAGUCUUACCGAAAAUAUCCUAGAAGAAUACCAGGCAGGUUUCAGAUUUGGUAAAUCGACAAUGGACCAACUGUAUACAGUCAAGAUGGUAUCCGAGAAGUGCUGA